GGCAUCUAUGUCUACAUUACUACAACUCUCGCCUAUUCUCUGUUGUACAACAUUAUUUUUGCUACUCGGACAAAAUGUUCACAGCCGAAGGAACACCUGCCUUUAUAACAGUAAAAGGCUCCCGCCGAACAUGAACUUUUCAUUUCUUAACGGAAUUGAGAGGUUCAAGAGACUUCAACCUUACAAGCAUCUCGUAUCCAUACGUACCACCCGAGCGACCGCGUACUUCGGAGACAAUCACAUUUGUACUGGUUCAAUCAUAUCCAGCAAUUUAAUAUUAACCUCGGCGCAUUGUGUUAUUGAUCGUCGUAAAAUUAUUACUCGCACACAUCGUCUUGUCGUGGUUGCAGGGGCGCCGAAUCGUUUAGUUAGGUCCAAGAGAACGCUUGAAAUGAAAGUGCUCCAAGUGAUGCCUCACAAAGAAUUUAUACCAGCAGGUGCUCACGAUAUAGCAUUAUUGCGUCUCGCUAAAAGUUUUCCUGACGACAAUGACUUCAUCAAAGUAAUACCCCUCAAUGAGGAGAUUAUACCAAAUGGAACAAAGUGCCGCAUCCUUGGUUGGGGUCAACUGUUUUAUCGCGGUCCUUACGCGGCUGCACCAAUAAAUGCUGUUUUAACGGUAUUUUCAUAUGAUUAUUGUCAACAAUUUUAUCCCGAUGUAUUUGAUGAGACGAUGAUAUGUGCCGGCAAGACAGACCCAUGGGAUUUGAACGCCUGUCGUGGAGACGCGGGUGGUCCACUAAUUUGUGGUGAUUUUGUGGCCGCUAUUGUUUCUUGGAGUUCAUACUGUGGUGAAAUUCGCAAACCAACUCUUUUUACCAGUGUAUAUCAUCAUCUCGCUUGGAUCCGAAAGACAGGCGCAGGCCACGCAACAGUAGUAAAAGCAAUUAAGUCGCUGGAUUUGUUUUUAUGUACACUAUUCAUACAUAUCUAUUUUUGA